AUGGGAUCUGCUGGGAUCAUGUUCUGGGCUCCAAUGGAGUCUUCAGACAGACUGAAGGAGUCUUCAGACAGACUGAAGGAGUCUUCAGACAGACUGAAGGAGUCUUCAGACAGACUGAAGGAGUCUUCAGACAGACUGAAGGAGUCUUCAGACAGACUGAAGGAGUCUUCAGACAGACUGAAGGAGUCUUCAGACAGACUGAAGGAGUCUUCAGACAGACUGAAGGAGUCUUCAGACAGACUGAAGGAGUCUUCAGACAGACUGAAGGAGUCUUCAGACAGACUGAAGGAGUCUUCAGACAGACUGAAGGAGUCUUCAGACAGACUGAAGGAGUCUUCAGACAGACUGAAGGAGUCUUCAGACAGACUGAAGGAGUCUUCAGACAGACUGAAGGAGUCUUCAGACAGACUGAAGGAGUCUUCAGACAGACUGAAGGAGUCUUCAGACAGACUGAAGGAGUCUUCAGACAGACUGAAGGAGUCUUCAGACAGACUGAAGGAGUCUUCAGACAGACUGAAGGAGUCUUCAGACAGACUGAAGGAGUCUUCAGACAGACUGAAGGAGUCUUCAGACAGACUGAAGGAGUCUUCAGACAGACUGAAGGAGUCUUCAGACAGACUGAAGGAGUCUUCAGACAGACUGAAGGAGUCUUCAGACAGACUGAAGGAGUCUUCAGACAGACUGAAGGAGUCUUCAGACAGACUGAAGGAGUCUUCAGACAGACUGAAGGAGUCUUCAGACAGACUGAAGGAGUCUUCAGACAGACUGAAGGAGUCUUCAGACAGACUGAAGGAGUCUUCAGACAGACUGAAGGAGUCCUCAGACAGACUGAAGGAGUCCUCAGACAGACUGAAGGAGUCCUCAGACAGACUGAAGGAGUCCUCAGACAGACUGAAGGAGUCUUAA